UGUUGACGCCACCCCCACUCUGCUCUCUCAGGCGCUCCACAUUGUUGGCGCGACCUCCCGGCCUGUGUUGUUAUCGUGGAGAGACGCUGCGGCCGCUGCGGCUACCGAGCUUUCUCUCCGAGAUGUCCACGCCGCUCGACAAGCUCUUCCCCGUGGAUGCGAGAGUCGGUGUCCGGCGAGCAUGCCCGGGCGCAUCGCUGUGUCCUCCACCCGCCUUGAGGCAUCCUGACGCGGCUAGGAGCCUGGCUGCCGCGGCGAUCGGGGGCAGGAAGAUCACUCAUCCCGGGAAGGCCAUCCUAGCAGGCGGCAUAGCAGGUGGCAUCGAAAUUUGCAUCACCUUCCCCACAGAGUACGUGAAGACGCAGCUGCAGCUUGAUGAGCGAGCCAAUCCUCCACGGUACCGGGGCAUCGGUGACUGCGUGAAGCUGACCGUUCAGGAUCACGGUCUCAGAGGCUUGUAUCGAGGUCUGAGCUCGCUGCUGUAUGGAUCCAUCCCUAAAUCCGCAGUGAGAUUUGGCACCUUCGAGAUCCUCAGCAACCCCAUGCGGGACGCCACGGGCCGCCUCGACAACACUCAGAGCCUCGUAUGCGGUUUGGGAGCGGGCAUCGCGGAAGCCAUCUUCAUCGUGUGCCCCAUGGAAACACUCAAGGUGAAGAUGAUCCAUGACCAGUGCUCCCUCAGGCCUCGCUACAGAGGCUUCUUUCACGGCGUCAGCGAGAUCAUCAGAGAGCAAGGCGUCCGGGGGACAUAUCAAGGUCUGACUGCGACAGUGCUCAAGCAAGGAACCAAUCAGGCCAUCCGAUUCUACGUGAUGAACGCACUACGCAACUGGUACAAAGGGGAUGAUCCAAGAAAGGAAAUGCACCCGAUCGUCACAGCCAUGUUUGGAGCCACAGCUGGAGCCGCCAGCGUUUUGGGAAACACGCCACUCGACGUGGUGAAGACCAGGAUGCAGGGUCUGGACGCCCACCGCUACAGGAACACUCUGGACUGUGCCUUCCAGAUCCUCAAACAAGAAGGACCACAAGCGUUCUACAAAGGGACUGUUCCCCGGCUAGGACGCGUGUGCUUAGACGUGGCCAUCGUCUUUGUCAUCUAUGAGGAGGUGGUCAAACUCCUCAACAACGUGUGGCAGACUCAUGAGGCGCACUAGAGGGUGUGGAGAGGCCCCAAAAAGGGAAGCACAAAACCAGUGAAGCCUAGUGGAAGCACACACCUUCAUGUUGACCAUUUCCACCUUUGUGUCAAAAGACAUUUCACGGACCAAGCACACUGAGAAGGUGUGGAGGACACUUUUUGGAGUGGCUUUUUCUUUUCUUUUCUUUUCUUUUCUUUCCUUUUUUUUUUUAAGCAAUGAAGACAAGACAAGAGAGAAGACCAAACAUUGUUAGAAGCUAGAAUCAUCAACCAAAGUUUUGAACAAGAGUUGCUGGACAGAAACUUGACACACAGUACACUAUAUGGACAAAAUCAGUGGGACAUGACAUGUCAUCCACAAACUUAUCCAAGCACAUCUUUAUGGCCUGCAGAGUGUUCCCACAAAGUUGAUGCAUAGAAAAUGUGAUUAGUCAUCCCUCGUUUAUAGAAGUUAAUUGGUUCCAGAGCCAAACGUGAUAAGUGAAUUUAUGCAAAGUAGGAUUCCUUAUUUAUGAAUAAAAUAUUUAAAACAGUUAGAGCAUAGGAAACCUAUUUACAACCUUCUAAAUAUGGUUUAACAUUAUUAUAGUCCUCUAGAUGUGAAAUAACACCCCUACAGUCACCUUUACACUCCUAUUACCCAUAACAGUCGGCAUAAGUAGUCAAAAAUAAGAGAAAAAAAUAGACUCACACGUUAGCAUUUGGAGAGUCCCUUGUUCCAAUUUUACUGCCGGUUUCUGUAGUGUAAGUACUUCCUGCGGUGGCUAUUGUCUCAUUGAUGUAACAUUACUGACACGUAGUGACCACUGUAGAAUGAAUGCCUUAUAUUUGUAAUGUAGUUCUUUUAGCCAUUUUUAUGCUUGAAUAUGCUUAAUUGAGGCCGUAAAUACGUAUGUUUUGGCAAAUGGGCCAUACUCAACCACAAAACAGAAAUUAUUCAUUAUAUACAGUUGUCACUUCCUACAUCGCGGUUCCAACAUCGUUCCCAACAUCGUUCCCUCACUCACGGUUUUUCAAGAGUUAAUAAAUGAUUGGGGAUUCGUGGUUGACUAUGACCUAUUAGUCAAAAAAUGUUGAACGGCAAGUCACAUGUAAUAUUAUGAUCACUAGGCUUCAGUAA